AUGGCUUUGGUGAGAUUGUUGAAGAUAAAGAGGAUGGGUCAAGGGUUUGUGGAGGCUUUUGGUUAUAUAGACGGUAUGUUUGGAACGGGCGAGGAUGGCUAUGGAGUAUGCCUUUAUGAUGACCUUGUGGUGUUGCACACCGGUGUUUAUGUCUUGGUACGUGGGAGGGUAAAGAGAGGAGAUAAGGUUAUUGUGAGCGGAGGUAGAGAGACUAAUGGGUUUAAGGAGGUUUAUGGUCGUGAGAUGGGGCUACUCGGUAUUGAUUAUCAUAGGUUUGGGUUGAAUAAGGAGAGCUGGAGAGGUCAUUUCAAGUGUGGAGAAGGACGGUUAUGGUGGAUAAUGGGUGUGAUUUUUCAUUUCGGGUUGGAGUUUGGUGAUGAGGGGAUGAUAGUUGUGAGGUCGGUGGCUAUGAUAUGGGCAAGGAAGCUGCAAGGCAUGGCUCGUGCUUGCAAAGGGCUCACUCGAGGCUCGUGGCAACAUGGGUUGUUGCGUGCAAGGGGUAAAGGCAACUUGGGUUAG